AUGGCCUCCGCGAUCUUCUUCCUAGACCUGAAGGGCAAGACCCUGCUGGCGCGAAACUAUCGCGGAGAUAUCCCCAUGUCGGCUGUCGAGAAGUUCCCCGUUCUCCUGUCGGAAGCAGAAGACGAGUCCAGCAGCGUACCGCCAUGUUUCAGCGACGACGGCAUCAACUACCUCUACAUCCGACACAACAACCUCUACCUCCUUGCCUUGACGAAACGAAACAGCAAUGCAGCAGAGAUUCUGCUCUUUCUGCACCGGUUGGUGGAGGUCUUCACCGAGUACUUCAAAGAGUUGGAGGAGGAGUCGAUACGGGACAACUUUGUCGUCAUUUACGAGCUGCUGGACGAGAUGAUGGAUUUUGGAUACCCACAGACGACAGAGUCCAAGAUUCUGCAAGAGUACAUCACACAAGAGUCGCAUAAGCUGGAAAUCGCCAGGGCGCCUAUUGCAGUCACAAAUGCGGUGUCGUGGAGAUCAGAAGGUAUCCGAUACCGCAAGAACGAGGUGUUCCUGGAUGUGGUCGAAUCGCUCAACCUGCUCGUCAGCAGUACAGGCAAUGUGCUGCGGUCUGAGAUUCUGGGUGCCAUCAAGAUGAAGUGUUACCUUUCUGGAAUGCCUGAGUUACGGUUAGGAUUGAACGACAAAGCAAUGUUUGAGAGCACCGGACGCGCAACCAGGGGGAAAGCUGUCGAGAUGGAGGACGUCAAGUUCCAUCAGUGUGUGCGGUUAUCGAGAUUCGAGAAUGACAGGACGAUCUCUUUCAUCCCACCUGACGGCGAAUUUGAGCUCAUGUCAUAUCGGCUGAAUACUCAAGUGAAGCCCUUGAUCUGGGUCGAGUGCAUCGUUGAGAGUCAUUCUGGGAGCCGAAUAGAAUACAUGGUCAAGGCAAAAGCACACUUUAAACGCCGCAGCACUGCCAACAAUGUCGAAAUCUCCAUCCCUGUACCAGAUGACGCGGAUACACCCCGAUUCCGCACAAACAUCGGAAGCGUACACUACGCCCCUGAAACCUCUUCAAUCGUUUGGAAGAUCAAGCAAUUCGGGGGUAGUAAGGAGUUCCUCAUGCGCGCAGAGCUUGGCCUGCCGUCAGUCAAGGGUGAUGAGGAGCGCGGAGGUGGUAUGAUGGGUGGCUUUGGAGGCAGUAUGGGCGGUGUCAGUGGCACGGGCAAAGCCAAGAGGCCGAUUGCCGUGAAGUUUGAGAUUCCCUACUUUACCACGAGUGGAAUUCAGGUGCGGUACCUGAAGAUCAUCGAGCCGAAGCUACAAUACCCUUCGCUGCCUUGGGUGCGAUACAUCACGCAGAGCGGAGACAUUGCUGUCCGGUUGCCUGAUGUGCAGUAG